GAAGAGGACUACACUUAGCACUUGGUGUUCGCAAGGAGUGUUCGCAACGUGUAUUCUCAUCACGCCCUGAGUAAACAUGGUGAAGAUUUGCCUGCUGUUCGUGGUUACCUCCCUUCUUUGCAGAAUUUCCAUGGGUCAGACUACGGAAAUUCCAACAUCCACGGUGAUAUCCUGGAUACGGAAAGUCGGCACUACGAGCAUCCAUGAGUCCGUGGUGAUCGACGAGAAAGAGCGGACUAUUCUGAUGAUAUCGUCUGAGGCUUACAAGAACAACGAGGACAACUCACUGGCGCUUCACGAUUUCCAAACGGGCAACGUGGCCUUGCGGGACCUUGAUGCCAACAUGUGUUUUGUUGGUAAAAUCGAGAUACCGGAUUUCCAGGCUAUGAAGACAAUGGUGGAGGAGAGAGAGGGAAAGGAGCUUCAACUGCCGGAGGUAAAACAAGGCCAUCUGACCACAAAACUGCUGACGUCAGCGGAAUUGGGCCCCAGGCUGAGCGCAUUUUGCAAGGGUUUACCGGCACGUUGGUUCGAUAUUGAUCAGAAAACAGAAACGAAGACGAAACGCUCUUUGGCGACGUACAACGUACAGUGUGUGGUAGCAAGACUGCAGUUGUCGUAGAAAACAACAUUGCAAUUCUAACGGCCCCAUGUCGAUGUAAACCAGGCGUGAUGUAAAGAAAACAACACAACCAAGGCUUCCUUCGUCUAAUCGAGGUCCAAGGCAAACACUUAAUGUUUUUCGAGUUUUCCUGAGAAUAAGAUCUCUUUAAUCACCAUUUGUGUGUGUUGUUUAAUGUAUCAUGUCGCAAAUCUGACUAAAUAAAAUGCGUGUGCACCGCAAA